AUCCUCUUCUCGACACGCUUUAUUACUUGUGAGUAGCGCGUCGAGCUCUCAUCGUCGAUGGCUCAUGCAGAGGCGAGUCUCUGAAUGCGGCCUCGACCCACAAAGCUACUUUGGUCUCCUUGGCGGCACCCCGCUGCGACGGCGACGACGACGCUGUUCAGAUUGACUUCCCGCCUCCUGCAUGAACAGCGUGACCUGCGCGAGACUAAGCCCGUCACCAUCGCGAGGGGCGAAGGCGGACGGUGUUGGCUGCCCUUGCAGCACUCGAGAGUCAACAAGAUGAUUCUUGAGGUCUGACGACACACGCACAAUGACACGCAAUCGCCUGUUCCCCAUGAACCAAAAGCUGCUCUCUC